AUGGAGCGUCUAAUGUGUGCAAAGCGUUGUGGCUUCUAUGGCUCUGUCGAAAACAAGAACAUGUGCUCAAAGUGCUACCAAGAUUAUGUCAAACAAGAGAAAAGUAAUGCUCAGUCGUCGGUCAUGGUGGUGGCUUCAUCAAUGGACAAACUUGAUCGAAGUGGAAUUUCCUUGCCUUCUUUUCAAACUGCAGAUGAUCCAGUUUCUAAUAAAAAUAAUAGUGGAUCAAAGAAAAACAGGUGCCAAAGCUGCAAGGGAAAGGUUGGAGUGUUGGGGUUCGAGUGCCGCUGUGGUGGAGUGUUUUGUGGAAAGCAAUCUGGAUCUCAAGAAGGCUGA